UUUUCUAGCCUUGCAACCCCCUCCCCCCCAAACCUCCCAAAGAUAGGUAGUGCCAAAGAGGGGUUACCGAUGAGCAGUUGGACCCAGUCCACUCGGACAAUGCUAUGGCCACUCAGAUGCAGUCCCCCCUGAAUCAAAGGGUGGUAGCCCAUUCUCUGCCAGCCACCCAAGAAGCAGCUACCAGAGCCCUUUCCCACAUGAUGGGAUCAGCCGACAACUGGGCUAUGUUCAAGGGACACCAUACCCUCAACGUUCGCAACCUUUUGCAUUUGCAGAACCAGCUGGAUGAGUUGGCUCGAAAGCACGAACAAGACGACCCGAACUUUGACAUGAAUGAGUUGGACGAAGUCCUGUACAAAUACAACCGAGCUCUUGUUGCGUAUGCAAAAGUUAGUGAGCUUCUUGAGCCUGAAGAAAAAAAUGUUGCAAGUAUUCUUCGGUAUAGCAGAGCCAGACUCAGCAAUCACCCCGCGGUCUGGGCCUUUCUUUCUGAAGCAUACCAAGACCUCAUGCAUGGAGGGUUCAGUGGCAUGGUCGCCUUGUACGUGAACCCCAAUGGCGGGGCCUUGUUCUCAUUUGCCAACAGGAUUGUGGGCAAAUUCGCCAGGCUGCUGUCUCCAAGGACAGAUGGAGUCCAUAUUUGGUCUGAAGCGACAACAAACAGGAUAACAAGAGCAGUGUUAGGAAUGCUUUCUGCCGGUCUCUUGCUUGUCCCCAUAGUGAUCAUGUCCUUUGUUACGGAUGGCUACAAACCACUGAUUAUUAUUAUCGUGUGGACGAUUGCGUUUUCAGCCAUAACAUCCUUGCUCACUGACGCAAAAUACAGCGAGGUUCUAGUAGCUGCGGCAACAUAUGCCGCUGUCAUGGUUGUAUUUAUCAGUGGGGACGGGGUACAAAAGCAGGAAUCAGCUUGAAUAAAAUCUUUGCCUUGCAAGUUCACCUUGGAUUCACCAUCCUUCACUUCAAACACCUCUACAAUGGCUAUGUUAGGUGUUGGCGUUACUACUGAGCUGAAUGCCUUGCCCCUAUCUCUUCAACCCCUUUCGACAGGCAGCGGCUGCCAAUACCAUCAUCAUGAGCUUGGGCAGGAACACAUCCCCGUUGAUCACCAUAGAGCCCCGUAGAGUACAACCAAAACGAAUGGUGCAGACCGGUCAGUUCUUGAAGCCCUCGGCAGUGCCAGUGAUAAACUCUGCUCGCUGUUCCUAUCUCAUAAAUUGGUUUUUUUUCCCUCAGCGACUCCCA